AUGUACGUUGAACUACCGUUUGAUGAAUUAAAAGUCCUGCCAGAUAAGAGACGAAUAGCCUACUUUUACGACCAAGAUGUAGGAAACUACUUCUAUGGAACGGGUCAUUGUAUGAAGCCCCACAGAAUCAGAAUGACCCACUCACUUAUCAUGAACUACGAAUUGUAUAAAAAGAUGGAGAUAUAUCGAGCCGAGCCUGCAACGAAUCUAGAGCUAACUCAAUUCCAUACUGAUGAGUAUAUUGAUUUUAUCGAUCGUGUUACUCCUGACAACUUGCAUUUGUUCCCACGAGAGGCCCAAAUCUUCAACGUCGGAGAAGAUUGUCCCGUGUUUGAUGGGUUGAAUGAAUUUUGCAAAAUAUCUUGUGGCGGGUCAAUGGAAGGAGCGGCAAGAUUAAACAAUGGCAGUGCAGAUAUUGUCAUCAAUUAUGCUGGCGGACUUCAUCAUGCCAAAAAAUCAGAAGCCAGUGGGUUUUGCUACACAAACGAUAUUGUUUUGGCUAUUGUAGAGUUGCUUCGGAAACAUCCGCGAGUGUUGUAUAUUGAUACCGAUGUGCAUCAUGGUGAUGGAGUUGAAGAAGCAUUUUAUACCAAUGAUCGAGUAAUGACAUGUUCGUUUCACAAAUUUGGUGAAUUCUUCCCGGGAACUGGUAAUUUGACCGAUAUUGGUAUUGGCAAAGGUAAAUACCAUGCAGUGAAUGUACCAUUGCGAGACGGUAUCGAUGAUGCUUCAUACAAGUCGAUAUUCGAACCGUUAGUAAAGACGAUUGUUGAUUGGUACCAGCCUUCAGCUAUUGUAUUACAAUGUGGUGGUGAUUCGUUAAGUGGCGAUCGGUUGGGACCAUUCAAUCUAUCCAUGAGGGGCCAUGCAAAUUGUGUGAAUUUCGUGAGAUCUCUUGGCUUACCCAUGAUGGUGCUUGGUGGGGGUGGAUACACAAUUCGAAACGUUGCACGAACGUGGGCGUUUGAGACUGGGGUAUGUAAUGGAGUCAUAUUACCUAAAGAGCUACCCUACAAUGGGUAUUACGAGUAUUACGCACCCACGUACGAACUUGAUGUGCGCUCGUCAAAUAUGAAUAAUGCAAAUUCAAAGGAGUAUCUAGACAAAUUGUUGACGCAAAUUGUGUCAAACUUGGAUCAUACAAAGCACGCGCCAUCAAUCCAACUUCAAGAAGUGCCCGCAGAUAAGGAGGAUCUUGGCGAUGUGAAUGAAGACAUGCCUGAUGCAAUUGAUACUAAAGGAGGUUCGCAAAUGCAAAGAGAUAAGGAAGUUGAAAGGGAGCUGGAGUUUUAUAAUGAUGAGGAAAAGGACAAAGGUGAACGCAACGUGUUUGAACAGGACAAGAUUGUUGAGACCGAUGUUCCAAAAAUAGACGAAUCAAAGGAUGUGGAGCAUGGGGUCACUUUGUUUGAGCAUGAACAAGCAGAAAUUGAUCAGUUGAACAAAGAAGGAAUGGAUGUAGAUGGUAAUGAUUAA